AUGUCCUCGGACAAGAUCUCGGUGCUCUUCGUCUGCCUCGGUAACAUCUGCCGCUCGACCAUGGCGGAGGGCGUGUUCCAGUCCGUGGCGGGAAAGGCGCCGUACAAGGAUCUCAUCGAGGAGAUUGAUUCGUGCGGAACGGCUGCGUAUCAUGUCGGAUCGCCGCCAGACCACAGGACGAUGGCGACGCUGAAAUCCAACGGCGUCACGGACUACCGCCACCGAGGCCGCCAGCUCCAAAAAGCAGAUUUUGACCGCUUCGACUACAUCUUCGCCAUGGAUGAGUCGAACCUAUCCGAUAUCCGCAACCUGCAACGCUCCAAGAAGGGAUCCAAGGCCCAAGUCAUGCUGUGGGGUCGGUACGCGGGCGGCGAUCGCCGUGGGGGCCGGGACGAGGUCGUCGAGGAUCCGUAUUACGGCGGGACGGAGGGGUUCGACGUGGCGUACGAGCAGUGUGCGCGCUUCACGGCCAACUUCUUGAAGGAGACUUUUCCGGAUGUCAAAGCGGAGUGA